UAAAUUUCUGCAUUAAAAUCCUUGCGCUGGCCACCCCAGGCUCACUUUCUGGCUUGGAUCGAUGGCCGACGUUCACGAGCUGGCGGAGACGACGACGUACGGCAGCGCGCUCAAGACCGCGUCGCCGUCGCACCUCCUCGACGCCCGCGUCAAGCUGCUUCGGCUGCUCGACAUGCGCAAGUGCCACUACACGUACAUGCUCAUUGCGUUCACGGACUUUCUCGGGCAAAUGGUGUUCCUCGCGUUCACGUCGCCGAGCCUCGACCGCUUUGAGUGGUACGUGGUCCUCUCAGUGACGCUCUCGUGCGGCUGCAUGGCCAUCUACCUCGCCGACACGAUCGUGCGCCUCUUGACGCUGCGCACCUUGCUCUGCACGUCGGUGGCGUCGGUGCUCGACUUGGUCGUGCUUCUCGCGAUGGCGAGCUUCCUGUACCUUCGCGUGUACUUGGCCGCGCACGUCUACAACUGCGUGCUCGCGUACUUUCUCUUGGCCGCGAUUCACAUUGUGCUCAAGCCGCGUGCGCGCACGUUCUCGAAAAAGUUUCACAAGUUCCGCGCCGACUUUGAGCGCAUUCACAUUUCGGUCGCGAGCGUGCGCCUCAGCCUGCGCCGCAUCCCGGGCAUGGCGCCGUCGGCCAUCGACGCGCUCGACCGCGAUCUCUCGAUGCUCGCUGUCGGCAACGACGCGGGCGACAUGACGCAUGACAAGUUGCUCGUGUUUCUUGAGAAAGCGCUCUUGUACAAGCCCAAGGACGUGCCAACAUCCGACUUUCUCUCGUACUUGCGCAACAUUGACGCGUCGACGCACGCGUACGGGACGCUCGACGUGGUCCGGAGCACGCUCACGCACUGGUCCACGCAGCGCUGCGACCUCUUCAUGGUGUGUCUCGUGGUCUGCAUCAACGCGAGCAUCAACCCGAUCCAAGCCUAUGUCCUCAACCACCUCGCCGACCACGCGUUCCCUGCGUACGGUGCCUCGGCCAAUGCGUCAAUCUCGGACGCCGACUUGGACGCGGCCUUGGCGACCGGCGUGACCGGGCUCCUCUGCCUCUGCAUCCCGUUUGCCUUUGGCGAUGCGCUCAUGGGCUACUUCCAGUCCAAGAUGAUCUCGAAAGCGACUUCUCAAGUGCAGACGUCGCUCCUCGACACGGUGCUGCGCCAGAGCGCAGCGUUCUUCCUCACGCGCUCGGACGGCGACCUCAACAACGUCUUCCAGAGCGACCUCGCGCGCGUCAACGGGCUCUGGCAAGCCGUGUUUUGGAACCUCAUCAAUCCGUGCGUCUCGAUUGCCUUUGGCUUUGGGUACCUUCUCUACUACAAGCCGUGGCUCGGGCUCCUCUCGUUCGCCUUCGCGCUCGUGCUCGUCACGUCCGGUCCGCAGGGCUUUGCGGCCAAGCAGAGCAAGCUCUUUGGCUCGAAAAAUGCCUACGUCGCGUCGGACUUUGCCAACGCGGUCGCGUGUCAAAAGGUCGUGCGUGCGUACGCGCUCGAGACCACGCUCGUCGGCAAGUUCAAGGCCGUCGUUGCGACGCUUCAAAUCGCGCAGUUUGCCAAGGACUUUUGGAGCGGCAUUGUGCAGAUCUACGUCGAGUCGGCCAUGUACAUCUUUGUCGCGACGAUGACCGCGGGGCUUGCCAUCCAAGUCCGCCACGGCAGUCUCUCGGCCGGUGAGUUCUUUUCGUUUGUGACGAUGCUCGCGCGCAUCUCGACGCCGGUCACCAUUCUCGGUGGUUUUAUGCGCGUUGCGAUCGGGAAUGCAUCGAGCCUCCAGCGCAUCGACCAGCUCUUGGCGCUGUCACCGGCAUCGUCGUCGUCCUCGUCGUCGCUGGGCACGGACGUCAUGCCGCCGCUCGCAUCCGAACUGCGUUUCCACGACGUUGUCUUUCAGUACACGCCGACGGGCCCGCUAGUGCUCAACGGUCUCACGGCGAGUGUGCCCAAGGGUGCGUACACGUGCAUCGUGGGGCCAAGCGGGUGCGGGAAGAGCUCUCUCCUCAACUGCCUCAUGCAGUCGGUCGACUUGAAGGCCGGUGCGAUAUCGGUCGAUGGCACGGACCUUCGCCGCUUCACGAAACCCAGCGUCAUGGCCGAGACCGCGGUUGUUUUCCAAGAUGGUGGCAUUCUCAACGGCACGAUCCUGGACAACAUUCGGUAUGGCAAGCUCGAUGCGACCGACGCCGAGUGCAUGGAAGCUGCCAAGCUCGCCGAAGCCGACAAGUUUAUCGUGACGCUCCAGGACGGGUAUCACACGGUCAUGGGGCAGCACGCGACGUGCAACAUGAGCGGCGGGCAGGUCCAGCGCGUGUGCUUGGCGCGGGCGCUCGUGCGGCAGCCGAGUCUCCUUUUGCUGGACGAGGCGACGAGUGCGCUGGACCCGGAGACUGAAGCGUCGAUCGUCCGCACGCUCGAGCGUUUGUCCAAGACCAUGCGCAUGACGAUUCUCUCGGUGACGCACCGCUUGUCGACGGCGCGCCACGCCGACUUAAUUCUCGUGCUCAACCGCGGCAUCGUGGCCGAGCAAGGCAGCUACGACGACCUAGUUGAAGUGCCAAACGGGCUGUUCGCCGACAUGGUCGCCCAAGCCACGUCCAAUGAAGCCGACGAAGAACCCAAGAAGACCAAGAAGAAGGAAGACUCGAGCCAUGCGCUGCGUGCAUUUGUCGACGCGCUCGCAACGCGCGCCAAGUGGAACGCGUCGAUGCUCCACGCACCUUCGCUCCGCCGCAUGAAUACGUCCGGGUUGGAAAGUGAGGACGGCGGGAAGGGCCCGGCUACCUACGUCGUCUUGUGAGCUUCUGCAUAACGUUUUUGCACUUGGAUUUUGUUGGCUCUAAGACGAAGGCAAUGCAAAUGCUCGGCUAUAAUCAUUUCUUGUCGAUUCCUCAG